CGCGCUGACGUCCGCGUCACGUGAUGUUUUCGCUGGGUUGUAGUGAUGUGUAGCCACCAUGAGUGAAGGGGAGAAAUAAAGAUUGAUAAUGGCAGCCAGCGAUUACGGCCUGUCUGCUACCAUGCAACGUUCUCGUCGUGGGUUUCGUGCCGCAGACGCGCCGCGGCGACCCCUCAGACGGCGGUGAGGAUUUUACUCGAAGGCGUGAAAUCUUAUCUGGAGCUCCGAGGCUGCAAAACCAAAAAAAAUGGGCCGUGCAUCGGUGUAGCCGAGGUAAAGUGACCUUUAAUCGCAUUGUCCCAUGGAAGAUUUUCCAGAUUUCCAAAAGAACGGCGUUAUGUUGUCGCUGGAGGUGCAGCCGCGUCGUGUUGUCACGAAAACGGCGGCGGCGGCCACGACUAACGGCGACACCUCUACCGGGGAGCCUCCAUCCUCCUCCACCUCCUCCUCCUCCUCCUCCUUCUCAGUCAACAGCAGCGGCUCCCGCUUGCCCGUACACUUGACGGCCUCUUCUCACCAAGGUCCGCCGCCGAGGAGGCACCAUCCGCCUUACCAUUUCAGAGUCCAUCAUCUUUUCCCCGACGACAACACUCAGGAGCCUCUGGCGAGGAAAAACCUGCCCGCGCUUCAGUAUAAGGUCCAUGACUCUGCCUUUUGCCGUGUGCUUAGCGCUGACACGACCGCUGCUGCUCUCGCCGCCGCCGCCGUUUGCUCGGGCGGCGUGGACAGAGACAUCUGGAAAUGUGGCUAUCUCCGCAAGCAGAAGCACGGCCACAAGAGGUUUUUCGUCUUGAGAGGCCCCAGCAACCUUGGGCCCAGCCGUCUGGAGUAUUACGACAGUGAGAAGAAAUUCAGAAACACACUCAAAGCUGCUGCCUCAACUGCCAGUGUUGCAUGCCCUCCUAAGAGGGUUAUUUACCUAUCACAGUGUUUUACAGUCAACAAGAGGGCUGACGCGAAGAACAAAUACCUCAUUGCUCUUUAUACUAAAGACGAGUACUUUGCUAUGGUGGCUGACAACGAGCAGGAGCAGGAGGAUUGGUACUUGGCCCUGACUGAGCUGAUGACAGAGGGCAAAAAGGGGCAGUUGGACACUGACGAGCUGGACGACGGCUAUGGGACGAUUUCACCUGGAACCAUUUUCAAGGAGGUGUGGCAGGUGAACGUGAAACCCAAAGGUUUGGGGCAGACCAAGAAUUUAAUGGGGGUGUACCGUCUGUGCCUUUCCGCCAAGACAAUUCACCUGGUGAAAUUGAACUCGGAGACCCCUGCUGUGAACCUGCCAUUAAUGAACAUUCGCCGCUGCGGCCAUUCGGAGAGCUUUUUCUUCAUUGAGGUGGGCCGCUCAUCUUCCAUCGGGCCGGGUGAGAUCUGGGUGCAGGUGGAGGACUCGGUGGUGGCUCAGAACAUGCACGAGACCAUUCUGGACACCAUGAAAGCAUUGAAGGCCUUCCCUGACUUCAGACCACGAAGCAAAAGCCAGUCGUCCGGGUCCAAUCCUGUCCCCUUCAUCACAACCCGCCGCCACCUCGGCAACCUACCGCCCAGCCAGACUGGGCUGCAGCGCCCCUCCAGAACAGAUUCUGUGACGGGAACUCCUCCCACAGGAAGCAGUAAAGGAGGAAGGGGUCAGCGCUACCGUACAUCCAGUGAAGGGGAAGGCACUUCGGACCGGCCCCUCAGCUCUGGCACAGGUAGCCUGGUGCACCUGAAUACACCCUGUCUGAACAUAGGCCGGGAAGAGAGCGGUGGCUGCUGCGCUCAUGCCUCGCCUGGCUCUGCCCAUCAUACCCGCUCUGCCUCCCUCCCAGUCUCUCACUUCCUGUCUGCCACCAGUCCCAUCAGCGUUUCCAGCAGCAGUGGCCACGGUUCGGCCUCGGACACGCAUACGCGGCCCUCAAGCUCCUCCAUCUGUGGCUCCCCAAGCGACGGUGGCUUUAACUCCUCUGAUGAGUUCUGCCCCAGCCCUUGUGACUUUAGGUAUUUUCGUGCAAGCAGCAGCACCCCUGAGUCUCACGGCAACACUCCGCCCAUUAGGGAGGAGUACCGACUGGUGGACUACAUGGCCAUGGAUUGGCACAAGGACACGCAGGGUGGGGCCAGGACUUUUGAGGAGGAGAGCAGUUACAUGGAAAGGACUUUCCUCAAGCUCACACAUUCCUCCAAGCCAAAGCUUGGCAAUGGUUUAGGUGUUAUGCACCAGAAAGCUACGCAGACCUCAUCUUCAUUAGAUGAAUCGAGCCCUGUGGAGUCAAAACGGCACCCAGUGUGCUCGUGCCUCCUUAAAGCAGGCUAUAAGUCUUACUCUGAGUUACAUCACCCAACCAGGCCUCCCUCGCUCAACUCUGACGGUCAAAAGAAACUGCCUAAAGAUGAUGGCUACAUGCCCAUGGUGUACAACAUUGUCCCCUCUCCUAAUGCAGAUUACACCCCUAUGCAACCCCGAGCAAACCAUCCAGCCACUCUGGAUAUUUAUCCCUGCUCUUCGCAACAGGUGGACAGGCAUGGCUAUAUGAUGAUGCUGCCUGCAGACAGCCCUUCACCAGGAAUAACCAGCCCCUCUAGCAGAAACCAGGCGGAGUAUGAUGAUUACAUGGAUAUGACCCAAAUCGCCUCAGCUGAAGGCUACACCCCAGCCUCCCCCGAAGGGCCCAAAUCUCACGGUUCUUACUUCUCCCUUCCACGCUCCUACAAAACUCCGUCUCGAGAGAAUCGUCAACACACAGAAUACAUUCCCAUGUCCCCGGCCGAACCGCCUAGCCCGCCCAGUCCAGGAGAGUACAUUCACAUGGAUUUCAGUGACCGGCCUCCUCAUGCUGCCUCCUCCCCAUCAGCUAUGGACUCCCCCUCCACACCAAGCUCCCAGCCCUGCUAUCAGCUCUGCUGCUCCUCACCGGACCACGACUACUUAGGCCUGAACAUGGACAGUCUCUUGAAGGACCGCCCUCCUCGCCACUCGCUUGUAGCUCCAUGGAACCCCCCAAACUACGCACGCCCCUUAGGGUGCGCUUACGGCCGCACUCAAGCCGAUUAUGACCCCGUGAAGGUCCACGCUAGAUGUGCGGAAGCUGGAAGUCCCUCCAGAAUGAUCCAGCACCUCUGUGUGACAGAAAGGCCUCCUAGUCCUCAGAUGGAGCCCAAGGUCAUCAGGGCAGAUCCGCAGGGCCGGAGGAGACACAGCUCAGAGACCUUCAUCCCUUCGCCUGGUGGCACCGCCAGUGGCUGCAGCAUCAGAGCCCCUGCCAACCUCAGUCUCGCAGAAGGCAGCAGGUGGCAGAAUUCUGCCUCGUUUGAUAGUGUGUGGUCUCACACGGAAGAUCAAGGAUCUCCUGACUCUGUUGCCCUUUCUCCAAACUGUGCUACUGGAGGAACGCGCCGGAACGCUUCAUCCAGCUACCUCAACUACAUUGCUCUGGACCUGAGGGAAGUCCCCAGGAUCACCCGCGAUGCUCCCCCUCCACACCCAGCUCAUGGGACCCUCCAAGAAAGUGAGGCCUAUGCUGGUAUAGACUUCUCCAUGUCAGGAGGACACACCACUGCCUCAAAAGAGUGAGCAAGUCAUAUGCUGGGAGGAAAUCAGGACAUUGGGAAUCCAAUGAACUCUGGAAUGCAGAAGAGGAAGCUGCCUCCUCCUCCUCCUCAUCAGACCUCCAACAACAAAGACUGAAACUGCACAACCUCUUUUGCUCUGUAUCUCCUACAUAACUGCCUCAAACCGGUUCCAUUUUUUUUUGUGUUAAAAAAAAUCGGUUACUUUGUUUUUUGACAACAGUUAUUGUUUACUUGAGUGUCUGCACUGAAUAUAAGUCAAAAUCAGAACUGUGAACUCCAACCAGACAUAUAGCACUUAUUAGUUUCCCUUUAUGGUACUCUGUCGUUCUUAUUUACAGUCGUCAUUUUGUUCCUUAACGAAAUCUGCUAGAACUUUGUAAAUAGGAGGAGCUUGUAUAUCAAAUAACAUUUUGUAAAAUGUGCCAACUACUUAGUAGUCCCCUCCACACACACACGUACACUCACGCACAUAUAUAAUAUAUAUAUCUUGUUUAUUUAUAUUGAUUUGUAUUUAUAUGAAGGGUGUAUUUUUUCAGGGAGCAUUUAGUUGCUUGCAGAUCCUGCACAUAAAUUGUAAAGGGGUUUUAAGUUGGCCGCACAGACCACCUCUGUGAACACUGAACAUGUAAUUUUUACUGUACAGCUUGUAUGAUACUGACAGUUGGGGGUUUUCAUUUCCGCUAAGGGCCUGGAUACAUGAACCGGUGAGACAGUUCGGAAGGCCCAGUGAGGUCGCACAAGGAAGAAGGCUCAUGUUCAGCAUGUUGCUCAAAUUCCCAAUAUUUAAUAAAACAUGCUAGUAAUGAAA